CUCGGAGUAAGAAGCACGGGCGCUCGCAACAGGCGAUCUGUGGGUGACCGCGUCUGCGGGAGAUUUUACCAUCCCUCCUCUGGGUCUUGGGGAGAAAGAACCAGCAGCUCCCCAACCCCUCCCCCUCCACCACCAUUUCGGACACCCCGCAGGGACGCGUUUUGGAGUUCCCUCUGACUUCCAGGAAGUACGCGAGCCCCUCUGUGACUCCAGGUCAGGCGGCCACCUAUCUUUGCCGUGCUGACCCUUCUUCCAUGACCCUGCGGUGCCUCGAGCCCUCGGGGAAUGGCGCGGAUGGGACGCGGAGCCAGUGGGGGACCGCUGGGUCAGCCGAGGCCAGCCCCCAGGCAGCACGCCUGGCGAAGGCCCUGCGCGAGCUGGGUCAAACAGGAUGGUACUGGGGAAGUAUGACUGUUAAUGAAGCCAAAGAGAAAUUAAAAGAGGCGCCAGAAGGAACUUUCUUGAUUAGAGAUAGUUCGCAUUCAGACUACCUACUAACAAUAUCUGUUAAAACGUCAGCUGGACCAACUAAUCUGCGAAUUGAGUACCAAGAUGGGAAAUUCAGAUUGGAUUCUAUCAUAUGUGUCAAGUCCAAGCUUAAGCAAUUUGACAGUGUGGUUCAUCUGAUUGACUACUAUGUUCAGAUGUGCAAGGAUAAGCGGUCGGGCCCAGAAGCCCCCCGGAAUGGGACUGUUCACUUCUAUCUGACCAAACCGCUCUAUACAUCUGCACCAUCUCUUCAGCAUCUCUGUCGACUCACCAUUAACAAAUGUACCGGUACUGUCUGGGGACUGCCUUUACCAACAAGACUAAAAGAUUACUUGGAAGAAUAUAAGUUCCAGGUGUAAGUGUUUCUGUUUUUCUAAACAUCAUCAUAUAGGCUAUCUCCAAAUGCAGCUAUGUAAGACAACACCAAAACUUGAGCGACUGGAUAACUGCACAGAAUUCUAAAAACAGCUGAAGUCAACCUAAUUUAAAUGAGUAAAGAGGUAGCUAGGUAUUUAAAAUUCCCCUAGAUCUUUUCACCUGAGUGAUGCUUCCUUUCCUAAGGCUGACCAAGAUCAGUUGAUCCUUUUAACUAAGAAAUAAAAUGCCCCAAGUAAAGGCUGAGGGAGCAUUUUAUCGGAAUGCCUUGUCUUUCUGAAGU